UGCCCGUUCAGUCAGUGGUCGUACGUUGAGCGUAAAAGUAAUGAUGUUCGUGAAAUAAAACGGAUUUUAUGCGAAGAAAGGACGGUUAAAGGUUGAAAAAUAAACGGAAGUUCCGAGCGAAGGAAUUAUGAGAAGCAGUGCGAGAGUGUUGGAAUAAAGGAAUUCAAUUAGCAAUUUUAAUGAAAAUUGUUUUGGAAUUGAUAUUGAUGAGAUUUCGGAGAUCGAUAGUGAAAAAUUAAGAAAAGAUAAAAUUAAACAGCACACUUCAGCUGUAUGUAAAUAACAUGCCAAAGUGUCGCGAUUUCUCAAAUUCAAAUUAAAAAUACUCGAAGAAGAAUGCCAAAGUGCUCGAGCGUUGGCCGGAUGUAGUUUCCAUAACCAAUGAAUUUCCUGUGUCGAACCAAUUGAGUGCUUUGUUGUGUGGUAGUGCGUGGUGCAUACUUUUGUCGCCGAAAAAUUAAGACGAGUGCAUGCGACAAAAAAUUGCAAACCAACAACAAUCAAUGUUUAAAAAUAGAUAUUGGUUUUAAAUAAGAUAUAAAGUGAGUAAGUGCAGCGGUAGUAUUUAAUACAUUUUUCAGGUUGAAUGUGGUCUUAAAGUUAAUGUUUUCUUAAAGCUCCUACUUUACUAAAAGUAAACAUUUGAUUUUUGUCGCCGCGAGUGGACCCAUAAAUACCCCCAUACGUGAACACAAGUCUGCCGACCCGCGUCGCAGAGAAAGUGCGAAAUGUUGUGCGAGCGAAAAUAUUUACUUACACUGAAAAUGUCAGCUGAAUGUUGUCCAAACCAGUAAAGGCGGCUAUAAAGCGGCAAGGAAGUGCGCCCGUCAGUACAGUGACAUAGUAAACAGAGUGGAUGUGGUGGAAAAGCGACGACUGCCUACCAUACGCCGAAAAACCUGCCAAUCAAAGCGACACAACAAAUGCAAAAAUAUAUAACGAUUUACCACUUAGGAAAAUGACGCGCUGAGCCACUGGCGACUAUCGGCGCUCAUUUUACCUGCCAAAACGAUAAGGAUAAUAAACGGCAGCCGCGGUGAAGUGCAAUGUACAGUGAAUGCUAAAAUUACGCGCGUGUCGCAAUUCAGAAAAAAUUAAAAAAAAAAAAGUGUGAGUAGCAAAAUGAAAACAGUGUUCUCAUAAAAAUAAAAAAGCAUACAAAUAAGAAUCCAGCAAAUUAUUUGUCUCCAGCAAGCUCCGCUGGCAUUACUGCUGAUUACAAAAAGAAGUUUCGUUGCCACAAAUAUGAAAUAAGCAAAUACCCGGCAAUAAAACAAAAACAAAACCCGAAGCAAAGGUAGUUUAGCAAUUCAACCGUCAAGAGCAAACAGCCAAGCCAGCAAAAUCACAAACCAUCAAUGUGUAAUAUCCACCUAUGCGCGCAUUGUCGGCACUCGGCUGCUACUGAUUGUUUGCGGUUGCAUUUACUUGUCGUAAAUCACGCAAACCAAUUGUCGUAGACAUUGCGCCAGACUGCACAAAAAGCGAAAAAGCGUGGCGAGCGAAACAGUGAAUCACAGCAAACGGCAAAACAGAAGUUAUCGACUUGGAGCGGCCGUCAAUAAAAAACGUUGACAAGCCGCGUGCAACGUUGCGGCGUGGAAUUAAAUAUAAAACAAACAACAAGCAGAAUAUUCAACAGCGUAAAAAGCGCGUACUUUGCAUUUAUUUUGGCGUUCGUCAGCAACAUGGCGGGCAAUAUCGUCAAAUGGUGGAAGCAUAAAAUACUCGGCGGCUAUAAACAAUUCUCAGUUCAAGAAUGCACCACCGACUCCGAGGAGCUGAUGUACCACCAGGUGCGCGCCUCAUCCUCCUGCAGUGCGCCGCCCGACUUGCUCAUGGUGAGCGAUCGCGAAAACAAUAUACCGUUACGUUCCCCGGUAGUCAAUCUAAUUUCCACCGCAACAACAACAACGGCGGCGGCGCAUCAUCACAGCAGCACCGCUGUUGGCUGCAGCAGUGUGCCGAAACAUCAUCAUGCCACUGGACAACAGCAACAACAUGCGACACAUCGUGAUCCACACCAACAACACGGUUCAAAGGAUGACGGUGGUAAACAACAUUUGAAAUUGAGCAGCAAAAGUGCUGCCGCUAAAUUCAUUAAUACACAGCAACAGUUGGCUGUUAGUAGUCAGCAGCAGCAACAACAACAGUAUCAGGAUGAAAUUGAUGGGCCACAGCAGACAUCGCAUCAGCGGCACUCCUCACAUCAGCACGGCAAGGAGGAGCGCAUACGCUUGGAGGAGUUCACUUGCGACGUUUCCGUUGAGGGUGGCAAGUCCACACAGCCGCUACAGUUCUCCUUCACCUUCUACGACCUCGACGGCCAUCACGGCAAAAUCACAAAGGAUGACAUUGUCGGCAUCGUCUACACGAUAUACGAGUCGAUCGGCAAGUCAGUGGUGGUGCCACACUGCGGCAGCAAAACAAUCAACGUCCGUCUCACUGUCAGCCCAGAGGGCAAAUCAAAAUCAGCCGCCGCCGCCGCCGCCGCUGCAGCUAACGGUGGAGGCGCGGGAGGUGGCGGCGGCGGCGGUAAGUUGAAGAAAACAGCCAACGGCGCUGGUGCCGGCGUAUUGGACGCGGCGACAAAGUCAAACGCCGGUCACGGACACGGUCACACACGUCGCCAGCACCGCUAUCGGCCGCGAAAACUAAUUAAAUCGGAUGAUGAGGACGAUGACAGUAAUAGUGACAAGGAAAAGGAAGCAGCAGCCGCGACCAAUGCCCCCGCCACAACGACAAGUGGCGCAUUGGCGGUCAGUAGCGUGGGUGCACCGUUGGCGGCUGGUGUGGGUGGCAAGUCGAAAGGUCAUUCCAGCGGCAGCAAGUUCAAUAAAAUGAAGGCCUCCGCCGCAGUGGCGGAACAACAGCAAAUGUUGUAUCAGCAACAGCAGCCGCAGGAAGCGGGCAAUGCGGCACCGCCACAACAGCAACACACGCCACCACAUAUCGACGCGUCUGCCGCCAGUUGUCCGCACGAGAGUCUCUAUGAGAAUAUGACGUCAGUGAAUCUGAAAUGUUGCAGCACUAAGGACGCGCGGCUGAAAAUCGAAGACUGUCGCGGCUGUGAGCCGACAGUGACGAGUGCACCGAUUACACCUGCGGCCUAUGUGCGCUCGUCGACAGAUGUGUACAUGCGGCAGGCGUCGACGCGCGUCAAAAUGCUGCGUAAGGCGCGAAAACAAAAGUUUCAGGAACAUUGCCAUGAAACACGGCAGCGCAGCCUCUCGGUCGGCAGCGAGGCCUGUUGGUACAAUCGGCACAUACAACAACAACAGCAGCAGAGCAAAGUCGAACAGUCUCAGCAGCAACAACAGCAGCAGCAGCAGCAAUUAGGUGAUGUUGUCGAUGGCGUUCAGUUACGUAAUCCACAGAAGAACACAGCCACGGCCGCCGCCGCCGCCUCGUCCGCACUGGCUCAACGGCAGCGCAACUCUGCUGAGUGCUGGAAGACCGCAUUGAAUCGGAACGACUUGAUGAGCAUUAUACGGGAAAGCAUGGAGAAGAAUCGUUUGUGUUUUCAGAUGAGCGGAAAACCUCAAGCAAAUGUGAGUCCUAUAAGGCAACCACAACUUCAACAUCAACUGCCUCACAGUCAGCAGCAGCUGCAGCAACAACAGCAGCAGCGCUCAAAUACUGUGUCGAAAAUACCGACCUUAAUUGCGAACCACAGCAAUGCCAUUAUCAACCACAGCAACAGCAACAACAACAACCAUCAUCAUCAUCACAGCCCCAACAACAGCCACAGCCACAGCCACAGCAACAGCAGCAGUCACAGUCACAGCAGCAAUCACACGAACAACAACAGCAGCGAGUUAAAUUUACACGAUAUCAGCACCACCAACAACACCAGCACCACACAAUACCAUCCUCAGCCACAUAUACCCAUCUACCAUCAACAAAUGGCCAUUAAUCCCGCUGUGCUCGCCGCACAAAGUGGCAUGCAACAUGGUGGACACGGCAAAAUGAAUUUGUGUGGCUACGAUUCUUUUCUACAUGCCACCAUUUGCGGCGGCGGCACCAGUCACUCACCACCGCUGACCACAAGUGGCAACGUCGGCGCCUUAACUGCCACCACAUUCGUGCCACAAAUUGUCGGCCACGAUCAACACACUAAUCAACAACAACUAAUCGCAACAGUACAACCCAUAAUGAACGCAGUUCCUAGCAGCCAGAGCACGCCCGCAAAGGUCUUCCUCAACUCCACCACGCACCAGAUCAAAACCAGCAAAAUACUGCGCAGCGGCUCAUACUCACAACAACAUACACCGCUGCACAGCCUCACCGCUCAUAAUUCACCACAGUACAGCGGCUAUCAACGGCUGUCAUCUUCCAAUGCGCACCACAGCCACGGACAUGGACAUGGUGGCCACAAUCAGCAACCACACCAACAAUGCGCCAAUAAGCUGGCGGCUCUGAGUCUCAGCGACGCACCGCUGGCCCACAACUCACCCGUAGAGCACAUCGAGAAAUGGCUGAAGAACAACAGCGUCAAACAUCAGCGCAAGGACAACGCCACGAAGUAUGCCGAUAACGCGCUGUACGCCAAGCUGAGCGAGAAGCUACAAGAGAGCGCGCUGAGCACACACAACCAACGGCGCAAGCACAAGUCCGCACACAAGCUGCGCACGCCGACCGCUCGCAAUACGCCCACAGCGCAGUCGAAGAGCGCAGGCGCGUCUAAUGGCAUGCAGACGAGCAGCUCAAACACGAGCAUAGGCACCUACGCAGCGCUCAUACCGAUACACGGCGACCCAGCGGAAUGCGAAAACCUCAUCGCGCCGACCACUACCGACGACGAAGCGGUGAACGAGGCACCCACAGCGCUGUUUUACGCGUCGUGCAAAGCUGCCGUAACCUCAACGCCGAUGUCAAAUGCAACGGCUAACGCUGCGGUGGAGCCAGUCGACCAAGACAGUAAUGUAGCAACCGCCAAAUUGGUGGACAUAACCGAUGAGACUGAAUUGGUGGCUGUUGAAGCUGUGGAGAGCGCGGUGGAUGAUCUGGAUGUGACAUUGCGCGUAAGCGAUGCGGCUGAGGUCGAGGAGUUGGAUGCAGAGGAAGGUGAGGAGGAUGAAGAGGAGGCAGAGACCGAAGAGAGCGGCAGUGCGAGCGCGGCCAAUACGAGCGGCGGCGCAUCGUCGCUGAUACACCGUUAUGUGCACGAGCACAUACACCAUCACUAUCAUCACUUUGAGGAAAAAGACGAAUAAAAGAGAAAUAUAUUAUUAAUAACAAAUUUAUUUAAGAAAAAUUAAUGAGAAACAUAAGUGAGAUUAGGCUCAUUGACUGAGCCACCGGUAGAUUAAAAAUGUGUAGUAUACAAACAAAAUAUAUAUAUAUAUAUAUAUAAAUGCAUAUAGCAAUAAGAAAAAAAAUCAGCGUUUAAGUGUUGCUUAGCUGUAGUAUAUAUGAAUGUUAUUAAGUAUUCUUUAGCGAAUUUCUCACAACUAGCGUUGCUGUUGAUUGCAAAGCUUAAAGGCCUAAAAGUAUGCUAUAAAUGUAAUGCUUAUGCUGUGGGCACGUAAAGUUGGCUGCCGAGAGUCUGUUUGUUUUAAGCGCAGCAAAUUGAGGGUGCAUUACAGCAAUUCAAAGUAAUAGUUUACGUAAAAAGUGCAUAGAAAUCAUUUCCAGGUACAAAAAAAUCGACACUCUUCUGCAAGCAAAUAUGUAAGUGUAAGCAACUUGCAAAAAAUUUGAAAACUAUUUUUUACUAAAAAUUUUAAUUAUCCUUUUAAGUUACGAUUAUCAUUAUCCACAAAAAUGUAUUUGAAAUGAAGUGAAAGUUUUGUCAACAUAUCCGCGCAAGCAUAUCAGAAAUGCUCAAACUCUUAACAUUGAAAUUACAAGCAUACAUUUAGGGUCGAAACGAAAGAAGAACGCUUAGCGAACUAUUAAGUUCAAGCAACAACAACUUGCUGAAAUUGCAAAAAAGUUUACUCACAACGCUUCAAAAACUUUGUCAUACAGUAUCGUGCAAAAUUUUAACAUCAAAAUAUUUUAGUUUUCACUGUUAAUGCACUGGUAAAUGCAUAUAGUAGCUUUUGAGCUUUAGAAAGCUGUAAAAAAAUAUGUACCCUGCAGUAUUAGGCAAAAUUUUAGCUGCCUUAUGUCUUUUAAUUUUAAAUUUCACUGUAAAUUUUUUAAACUCAUGUUGAAUGUUCGCAUGCAUUGAAAAAUGUU